AUGGAGCUGGGCUUGAGUCUGGGGGAAGCGCCGUCGAAGGCCAUGUACACGGCGGAGAAGGCUGGGGUGAAGGCCAGCGGAGGGCUGGGCUUGGGUUUUGGGAUGGGGGAGGAAGAGGAGGAGGAGGAGGAGAGAGAGGGGGGAGAGGAGAGGGGUUCUGCUGACCACCCGGUUCAGCUUAACCUCCUCCCCUUGGUCCCUGUUCCACGGCGCUCGUCGUCCCAGCUGGGGUUCCCGGGGGUGCCCGAGACCAGAGGAAAUUUGGAGGUCUCGGCCCGCGGGUUGGAUGUGAACCAGGCGCCGUCGGCGGAGGAGGAAGGGGUGGUGGUGUCGUCGUCGCCGAACAGCGCCGUCUCCUCGUUCCAGAUAGACUUCUCCGCCCCCAGGGGCGGCGGCGGCGGCGAGGGUGGAAUAGUGGCUGCCGGUCGGAGCGAAGCGGAGGCGGAGAGGGCCUCCUCAAGAGCCAGCGACGAGGAGGAGAACGGGCUUGCAAGGAAGAAGCUCCGCCUCUCCAAGGAGCAGUCCGCCUUCCUCGAAGAAAGCUUUAAAGAACACAACACUCUCAACCCGAAGCAAAAGCUUGCUUUGGCUAAACAACUAAAUCUUCGACCCCGGCAAGUGGAAGUCUGGUUUCAAAACAGAAGAGCCAGGACGAAGCUGAAGCAAACGGAGGUGGAUUGCGAGUAUUUGAAGCGCUGCUGCGAGACGCUAACGGAGGAGAACCGCCGUCUCCAGAAGGAGCUGGCGGAGCUGCGCGCCCUCAAGACUACUCACCCCUUCUACAUGCACCUCCCGGCCACCACCCUCUCCAUGUGCCCCUCCUGCGAGCGCGUCUCCUCCACCACCACCACUCCACCCGCCGCCGCCGCCGCCGCCGCCUCCGCCUGCACCACCACGGCCUCUGCCGCCCCACCGGCCGCCGACCAGCGGCCGUCCUCCUUCGCGUCUCUCUUCUCGAAGCCCCGCUUCUACCCCUUCGUGCCGCCGCACCCUGCCCCCACCCACCAGCCCUCGGCCGCGUCGUGACCGCCGGGCCCGACCGCUGGUGGCCUUUUUCUUGUAAAUACUCACAUUUUAAAUGGUUUCUUUUUUGUGUUUUAAAUAUUGGGUCUUUUUUUUUAAAAAAAAAGGAGAGUGAUGGAGUUGUUGACGGAGAGAGAUUUCAUGGUUUCUCUUAUUCUUUUUCCAGGGAGAAAGAGAAUGCUGAUACUGUUCACACUUCGCAGAUUUUGCUCUUUUUUUAAUAUAAAAUUUCGACUUAUUAAGCUGAAGUGCUGUGUCCUUGACUGUUCAUAUAUUUUUGAACAUUGUUUUUCUUAAAUUCUUGUAAAAAAAUGGAUUAUGUGGACUGUCACAAUAGAGUCAUGAGCCAAGCUCCACUCGAACUCUCAUUCACAAA